CGCGAGGUACCUGUGAGAACUUCUGGGGAAGGUGGCAUCAUUUCAUUGGAUGGCGCAGAUGUUGACAAUGACAUCAGUACUUUCUUGCGGCAUUCCUUUGCACAGCUGGGAAUUCGCCGUCCUGAUUUCCCCCUAACCAUCGACUGAACAACUUCAGCAGCUUGCGAGCCGAGCAGGCAGACGUUUCAUCGUGGCGUCUACAAUGAUGAAGUUUAUUAUUGACGACGAAGACAAGGAUCCCGGUGAUCGAUUGCAGCUGAUGCUCAAGCUGACAAGCAAGCUGCUACCAGGAACGGAGGUGUACAAGUUAUAUGACUGUAUCCUCUCCACAUGUGCCGACCCCAAGCGUGCUUACAUGCACUUGUCCAUUGUUGCCACCCUUGCAGACCCUCUUCCCAUCUCACAAAUAUCAUCACUUCUUGGCCCUGGUUUAAACAGGGAUGUGCAGACAACGCUGAUACAGCUACGGUCUGUCGUAGAUAUCCCUACAGACAGCAUUCUCCCUGUGAAUAUUCAUCACUCCUCCAUUCGUGACUAUGUCUCCGACCCCUCAAACUGCAGCCUCCCUCAAGUACGCGAACACGAUAUGCGAUCACCCCACUCCCUACUCGCUGAUUCAUCUCUUCGCUUGAUGAUGAAGGAGAUUCCUGAAAGCACGGCCCUCUUGGAUGUCCUCUUGGAACUGAAGAAGCAUAGCCAUGCAAUUAGUCCUGGGGACCCCCAUAGAUUAGAAGACAAAUUAACUUUCCUCUUUCGGGAACCCGAGCCAGUGUCUGUUCUUAUUGGCAUGCUAUGGCUUCGAGGUGACCACGGGUCAGAUAUACAAUCCUGGCUAGUGACCGAGGAUAGGAAUGCUUGGUUGGACACCCCUAACGGAAAAUCCUGGCUGAAUACCUGUGAGGGACGAGAAUGGCUGGAGACAGAUGAAGGAAGGUUCUGGGAGGAAGGUUCAAUGCCUGACUUGCAAUCUGUGUCAGACUGGUCAGAUUGCUCUGAGACCCAGGAAGUGGGUGACGAACUGCAGAUGGAGCACAGGUCAGAGUGGCUGGAGACUCAGGGAGGAUUGGCUCGGCAGGCCGAUCAAAUACCUGAAUUACAAUCUGUGUCAGACUCUUCGGAUUUGUCUGAGACCCAGGAAGUGGGUGACGAGCCGCAGAUGUUAGGCUCGAAGCCGGCUUCGAUAUUCCGGUCGAUGCGAGGUGGAAUAGAACCCUCUAUCCAGAAACAAAGGAGGUCAAAAAAGUCGUUGCGGACUGAGGGAGGACGAAAGUGGCUGGAGACCAAGGGAGGAAGACGUUGGCUGAAGGCUUGGGGAGGAAAUCCCUGGCUGAUGUCUCCGGACGGGUCAGAUUGGCUGAAGACUUGGAAAGGAAACCACUGGCUGAAGUCUCCGCACGGGUCAGAUUGGCUGAAAUCCUUAGAUGGGCGAGACUGGCUGCAGACGUCCCAUGGCCAAGCAUGGAAAUCCACUCCUGCAGGGUCCGCCCGGGUGACUUUUGACGAACUCUCAAGUACGCUGAAAGCGAUCAGCGAGUUUAUCAUUGUCCCAGAAUUGCGUUUGCUACCAACCUUCCAAGUAGUCCAGUCGUUUGAAAGCUUGCCAGAUUUCUUGAUGCUCCCGGCGUUCCUUGCUUUAAGCCGCCAGCAUCAUUCCACUGCAUCAUCAACAUAUCGUCCACCGAACAGGGAGAUCAUCCACGCUAUGAACGCCUUCAUGGCUUUCACACGCAAGGCACAGCACGACAGUCGAUUAUCUUCAUACGCUCUCAAGUACGCCUGUCAAAACUGGGCCACAUAUCUCUUGCGUGCUCCAGAUCCACGGGAUGACACGUCCAACCACUUAUUCCAGGCUUUCUGGAAUCAUCACCUCCUUUCCUGGCUCGAACGGCAAUGGUGCUUGAAGGGUCUGCGGUCUUGCCUUGUCGUCUUAUCUGAAGGGCAGAAAUUUGCUAAGUUCCAUGUAUAUUUGAAAUUCUGACCUUCGCCGUCUGAAUUCAUGUAUUAACUAUGGGAGCGACCAUUGCUAGAUAAAACUCGAUCCAGAUGUGCAGAAAUCGCUCUUAUACACUUCCAUGAUCUGA